CCAACCUUCCUUCAUCGACGGCCGCCGCUCUGCUCAAGUUCAAAGUUCCAAAGGAUUGAUUUUCAAUGGCCGGCGAAUCCAAAAUCGUGGCGGCGGCCGACGUGUCCGCCUCCAGGGUGCCUAAAUCAACCGUAGAAUCUGCCGUCGCCGCCUUGUUGAAAUACAAGGCCGCCCAGUCCGCCGGCGAGAAGCCGCAGCUUCUUCCUCAGGACGAGUACAUCUAUCUCAACCUUACAAUGAAGAAAAUCCCCUCCAGGUCACGCACUAAUCCCUACAAAAUACCUCUCUCUCACCCGAUCUUAGACAGCAGUUCCGAGCUCUGUUUAAUCGUCGACGACAGGCCUCAGUCGCCCACUCCGCCGUCGGACCAAAUCAAAAAGCUAAUCAAGUCUCAGGACAUACCGAUAUCGAAGGUCAUUAAGAUUUCGAAGCUUAAGGCCAACUACAAGGCGUUUGAGGCGAAGAGGAAGCUUUGCAACAGCUACGACAUGUUUUUGGUGGACAGGAGAGUCGUCCAUUUGUUGCCCAAGUUGAUUGGGAAGGAAUUCUUCAGGAAGAAGAAGCUGCCAUUGCCGGUGGAUUUGAGUAAGAAGAAUCUGAAGUCGCAGGUGGAGAGGGCUUUAGGGAGUGCGCUGCUGCUCGUGAGGACUGGAACUUGUUCUGUGAUGAAGGUGGGGAAAGUAGCAAUGGAGAAAGACGAAAUUAUUGAGAAUGUAAUCGAUGCCGUUAAUGGAGCAGUGGCGAAUGUGCCGAAGAAGUGGGAUGGUGUUAGGAGCUUGCAUUUGAAGCUUUUCGAUUCGGUCUCGCUGCCUAUUUACCAGGCAAUGCCUGAUGUUAAGUUGAAGAUUGAGGGAUUGAAGAGGACAGAAGAUGGAGUUGCUGUUGUGAAAAUUGGGGACGAGGGCGAAGAUGCUGCCGAAAAGAAGGAUGGAGAUAGUGAGAUUAAGAAAAAGAAGAAGAAUAAAGGGAGGAUUCAUGAGGUUCGAUAUAUGGACGAUGGAGAGGUUGCAGUGAGCGAUGAAGACAAUGAGUUGGAUGAUGGAGAAGACGUGGAAAGUGACGAUGAUAAGUUGGAUGACAUCGAGGAAGCGAGGAAUGAGGAAAUUGAUGAACUUGUGGGGGAGAAAAGUAUUGAAGGAAAUGAGUUUCCGGAGAAGAGACGCAGUAAAAGGAUCAAGGCUAAUACGUCGAAAGGCAAUGGCCUGGAGGAUAUGGAGAAGCCGGCGAAGAAAAAGGCCAAGUUAGGGAAGAAAGGGAAGGAAAUUGGGGUAACAAGUGGAGUGAAGGCAAAUAAAAAGAGUAAACUUGAUAAAGAGUCGAAUGAGGGAAUUGUCGGGGUCAAGAAUGGCAAACACAAGAAGAGAUCGUCUAAAUAGGUCUCGAAUAUCUGCAAUGGGUUUUUAGGUGGUACUAUUAUAGUCUUCUGAAUUAUGUCAAGGAGUGCAUUGGUAAGGAAUGACGAAUUAAUUGCCCUUUUACAUUGUUGAAUGCAAAAAGUUUUGAUUAUUUAGGGAAGUUUGCUAGAUGAUUGUUGGAGUUAUGCUGUUUUAUCACCCACCUUUUUUGUUGUGUUAUUUUGCAGUUAUUACCUUUUGAAAUCAGAAUUUUGGAUGUGAGACUGUUGAGAUAUCUUCAUAUAAGAAUGGCUGUUGAUUGAUCA